CCGGGCGCCCGGCGGCGCGGGGGGAGCCGCGGGCCGCCGCCGAUGGCGGAAGUGCCUGGCGGGGGAGCGGCGGCGCGGCGCGGCGCGUAGCCGAGGGGGCCGGGGGAGGCGGUGGCGGUCGCUGUCGCCGAGCGCGGCGGGAGGCGGCUCCCUGCCAUGGCGGGCCGCGGCGCCGGCUCCUCGGAGCACCUGGAGCGGCUGCACGAAAUCUUCCGGGGACUGCACGGAGAGCUGCGGAGCGUCCCCGAGCGGCUGCGGGGCAGCGCGGCCGAGGAGAAGAAAAAACUAAUUCGAGAAUAUGAUGAGAAACAGCGUGAAGCAAAUGAAACGCUGCGGGAAAUGGAGGAAGAACUGAAGUAUGCUCCCCUGACUUUCCGCAACCAAAUGAUGAGCAAAAUCCGAGCGUACAGGAGAGACCUCUCCAUAUUCCAGAGAGAGAUGAGAAGCACAGAUUUGGGAUUGGGCCCUGGAAGUCAAGGCGAUAUAAAAUAUGGAAUCUUCUCCACAGAAAAUGAACAGAGUACUAAUCUGCAGUCACAGAGGGUGCUGCUUCUCCAGGGAACAGACAGCCUGAACCGAGCCAGCCAGAGCAUUGAGCGGUCGCACCGAAUUGCUGCUGAAACAGAUCAGAUUGGCACCGAUAUAAUUGAAGAACUUGGGGAGCAGCGGGAGCAAUUGGAACGCACCAAGAGCAGAUUGGUGAAUACAAGUGAAAAUUUGAGCAAGAGUCGCAAGAUUCUACGUUCUAUGUCCAGGAGAGUAACCACUAAUAAGUUGUUGCUGUCAAUUAUCAUCAUCCUGGAACUAGCCAUCCUGGGAGGUGUGGUCUACUACAAGUUCUUCCGCAGCAGAUGAAUCUUUGUGACUCAGAUGAACUUUUUCACCACUGAGGAACCAGAUGAGCUGUUUGUUCCCUCUGACUGUCUGAUGAUUGACCUGUCUCCUGAGACAGCAUGUUCAGCUGAAACUGUACUGACACUAGAAAGACAGAGAAUGGAAGUAAAAGGAAAAUGCAGAGACAGACUUGAACUACUGGUAAGAUUAAUAAGAAGGUAAUAAAUAUUUUAUCGUCUCGAUUUGUAUAUAUUUAACUAAACAAAUAAAUCUUGGUAUGUAAUAAAGUAGCCACCAAUCAGUGGAAAA